GCCGGUUGGGAGCUGCGCGCCGCUGCUGUGUGCUUAUCCUGGUUAGAAUUCUCGAGUAUCCGAGCUCUUGUCCCUCAUUUUACAUAAAACCACAGUAACUGCACCUGACAUCUAUAUGAACCUGCUGUCUCUCACUCCAGGCCAGCCGCCUUCAGAAACGCCCAGUUUACUAGUGACGACCUUCCCAUGAGAACUUGCCUCUUGCAAAGGAUUUCCUUCAUCCCUCUCCAGAAGAGAAGAUGAAACACAAGAAGAAGUGCCUGGUGCAGAGCCCCAGUUCUUAUUUCAUGGAUGUGAAAUGCCCGGGAUGCUAUAAAAUCACCACUGUCUUUAGCCAUGCACAAACAGUAGCUUUGUGUGUUGGCUGCUCUACUGUCCUCUGCCAGCCUACAGGAGGAAAAGCAAGGCUUACAGAAGGUUGCUCCUUCAGACAGAAGCAGCACUAA